AGGAGCGCUGGAAAUGAAGAGAGUUUGCACUUUGUCCCUCUGGCUCUGGAUCGGGAUCGUCUCGGAGGCAGAUCUGGUGAGAGGCUAUUCUAUGACCCCACCCACUCUCAGCAUUACCGAGGAGGAACACACCAUAAACUCCAAGGAUACCCUGACUAUUACCUGCAGAGGGCAGCACCCCCUGGAGUGGUCGUGGCCUGGGGGCCUGGUGGACCCUGACCAGGGCGAAAAGGAGAACGAGACAGUGGUACUGGUGACCCUCAGUGGCGGCCGGACCAUCAGGGAGGAGGACUGUGAGGGCACCGACACAAAGCCCUACUGCAAGGUCUUAGUGCUGGCCGGGACCCAGGCGAAUGACACAGGCUACUACCGGUGCUACUACAAGUACAUCAGCGCCAAAAUCGAGGGCACCACUGCGAUCAGCAUCUAUGUGUUUGUGAGAGAUUUUGAGCAACCAUUUAUCAACAGACCCGAAACACUCCUCAUCAACAAGAAAGAGAACACCUGGGUGCCCUGCUUGGUAUCCAUCCCAGAUCUUAACAUCACCCUGUUCUUGCCAAGCUCCAUUAUCUACCCAGACGGGAGAAGGAUUCUCUGGGACAACAAGAAGGGGAUGCUGGUCCCCACCCACCUGAUCAGAGACUCCUUGUUUGUUCAGUGCGAAACCAUCAUUGACAAGAAACUCUUCAGGUCCAAUUAUUUCAUUGUGCACGUCACAGGGAAUGAGCUGUAUGACAUCCAGUUGUUUCCUAAGAAGGCAAUGGAGCUACUAGUUGGAGAAAAGCUGGUCCUCAACUGCACGGUGUGGGCUGAGUUUAACGCUGGAGUAAACUUCCAGUGGGAUUAUCCUGGAAAACAGACGCACCGGGCUGUCAGUGAGCUGCCCGAGAGGCGCUCCCAGCAGACCCACACUGAGCUCUCCAGCAUCCUGAUCAUCCAAAACGUGAGCCAGCAGGACCUGGGGAAAUACGUGUGCAUGGCCAGCAAUGGGGAGCAGACGUUCGAGGAGACCAUCGAUGUCAUUGUGCACGAGAAGCCCUUCAUCAACGUGGAGUGGAGGAAGGGCCCAGUGAUAGAAGCCACAGCGGGAGACGAAGUCGUGAAACUGCCAGUGAAGGUGGUCGCCUAUCCCCCGCCAGAGUUCCAGUGGUACAAGGACGGCAAGUUAAUUCCCAACAAGCAAUCUCCCUAUUCGAUGCAGAUCAAAGACGUGUCAGAACAGAACUCCGGGACUUACACCUUAGUUUUAUGGAACAGGCUGGCUGGGCUGGAGGAGCGCAUUAGCCUCCAGUUAAUAGUCAAUGUUCCUCCGCACAUUCACGAGAAGGAAGCCUCUUCCCCGAGCAUCUAUUCCCGUAGGAGCCACCAGGCCCUCACCUGCACAGUCUAUGGCAUCCCAGCACCAGAAGUGAUCCAGUGGCAGUGGAGGCCGUGGAGCCCUUGCCGGAUGUUCUCACGACGUAGCCUUAGCAAGCAUCGGGCAGCAAGGCGCCAUCAGCGGGACCGGAUGCCCGAGUGCAAAGACUGGAAGGACGUGUCCCCGCAGGAUGCCGAGAACCCCAUCGAGAGCAUCGACACCUGGACAGAGUCUGUGGAAGGAAGAAAUAAGACCGUCAGCAAACUGGUGAUCCAGGAAGCCAAUGUUUCCGUCAUGUACAAAUGCGUUGCCUCCAACAAAGUGGGUAGAGAUGAACGUCUGAUCUACUUCUAUGUGACCACCAUUCCGGAUGGAUUUGAGAUUGAAUCCCAGCCCUCAGAGGAGCCCAUUGAGGGACAGGACCUGAGGCUGAGCUGCAAUGCAGAUAACUACACCUAUGAGAACCUGCAGUGGUACCGUCUGAACCUCUCGAAGCUGCACCACGAGGAAGGCAACCCACUCGUUCUGGACUGCAAGAAUGUCCACCACUACGCAACCAAGAUGCAAGGGGAGCUGCGCUUCAAACCCGACUCCAACGACGCUGCCCUGCUGCUCACCAUCCCAAACAUCUCCCUGGGGGAGGAGGGAGACUAUGUGUGCGAGGUGCAGAACCGAAAGACCAGAGAGAAACACUGCCACAAAAAAUACAUCUCUGUGCAGGCCCUCGAGGUCCCCAGACUGAAGCAGAACCUGACAGACAUAUGGGUGAACGUCAGCGACUCGAUAGAGAUGCGUUGUAAGGUGGAUGGCGCUCACAUUCCUGACAUCAGCUGGUAUAAAGACGAGAAGCUGGUGGAAGAGGUUUCAGGGAUUGACCUGGCGGAUUCGAACCAGAGGCUGAGCAUCCAGAGGGUGAGAGAAGAGGAUGCUGGGCUCUACCUGUGCAGCGUCUGCAACGCCAAGGGCUGCGUGAACUCCUCAGCCAGCGUCUCUGUGGAAGGCUCUGAUGACCGGACCAACGUGGAGAUCGUGAUUCUCAUUGGGACCGGGGUCAUCGCUGUCUUCUUCUGGAUCCUCCUCAUCCUCAUCUUCUGCAACAUCAAAAGGCCUGCCCACGCUGACAUCAAAACCGGUUACCUGUCCAUCAUCAUGGACCCCGGAGAGGUUCCCCUGGAGGAGCAGUGCGAAUACCUGCCCUAUGACUCCAGCAAGUGGGAAUUCCCACGGGAGCGACUCCGGCUAGGUAAAGUCCUGGGCCAUGGCGCUUUCGGGAAGGUGGUGGAAGCCUCUGCCUUUGGGAUUAAUAAGAGUAACAGCUGUGAAACUGUGGCAGUUAAAAUGCUGAAAGAGGGAGCUACUGCAAGUGAGCACAAGGCACUGAUGUCGGAGCUGAAGAUCCUCAUUCACAUUGGAAACCACCUCAAUGUCGUUAACCUGCUGGGCGCCUGCACCAAGCCCAAUGGGCCACUCAUGGUUAUUGUUGAGUUCUGUAAAUACGGAAACCUCUCCAACUACCUGCGGACCAAACGGGAAGGAUUCAGUCCUUACAGGGAGAAAUCACCCAGACUGCGCAUCCAGGUCCGGUCCUUAGUAGAAGCAGUGAGAGCAGACAGAAGGAGUCGCUCUGGUACCAGCGACAGCGCAAUCUUCAACAGGCUUCUGAUGAACAAGAGCCAGACAGCACAGCCUAUACAGGAAGUGGAUGAUUUGUGGCAAAGUCCCUUGACUAUGGAAGACCUCAUCUGCUAUAGCUUCCAGGUGGCACGUGGAAUGGAGUUCCUGGCAUCCAGAAAGUGUAUCCACAGAGAUCUGGCAGCUCGGAACAUCUUGCUGUCAGAGAACAAUGUGGUGAAGAUCUGUGACUUUGGGCUGGCCCGAGACAUCUACAAGGAUCCUGACUAUGUCAGAAAGGGCAGUGCUCGCCUUCCUCUGAAGUGGAUGGCUCCAGAAAGCAUCUUUGACAAGGUCUACACUACCCAGAGUGAUGUCUGGUCCUUUGGAGUCCUCCUCUGGGAGAUAUUUUCACUAGGUGCCUCACCCUACCCUGGAGUGCAGAUCAAUGAGGAGUUCUGCCAGAGACUGAAAGAUGGUACCAGGAUGAGAGCUCCAGAAUACGCAACUGCAGAAAUUUAUCGUAUAAUGCUGAGCUGCUGGCAUGGGGACCCCAAGGAGAGACCAACUUUCUCAGACCUGGUGGAGAUCCUGGGGGACCUUCUUCAGGAAAAUGUCCAGCAGGAGGGGAAGGAUUACAUCCCACUGAAUGACUCUCAGAGCUCCGAAGAUGACGGGUUCUCCCAAGUGCCUUCCUCUGCCCAGCAGAACUCUGAUGAAGAGGAAUUUGACAUGAGGCUACGCUGCCACAGCUUAGCAGCGAGAUACUAUAACUGUGUGUCAUUCCCCGGUUGUUUGACUGGAGGAAAUCAGAUAAGGUGUCCAUCCAGAAUAAAGACAUUUGAAGAGUUUCCCAUGACACACACAAUGUAUAAAACACACCCGGACAAUCAAACGGACAGUGGGAUGGUCCUGGCAUCAGAGGAAUUUGAGAGGAUAGAAAACAGACACAGAAAAGAAGGUGGAUUCAGCAGUAAAGGGCCCAGUCAAAAUGCAGAGUUGGCAGUGGAACAGUCGGACCUGAGAGGCAGGUGUCGACCGUUGUAUCAGUCCCAGGUCGGAGGCCAGACUUUUUACAACAGUGAAUAUGGGGAACUGUCAGAACACUCAGAGGAUGGCAGUUACACCCCACCCGGAGAGGGGGCCAGUCCCUCCGCUGUCCAUGCGUCCUUCUUCUCAGAGCAGUAUUAACAGGAACAGGCUGCGGAGACACCAUGCCAAGACACCACCUUCCACCCUUCAUGCUGCAUUGCCACUGCCAUAUGGAGCUUCCCCUCCAACCCAGAACAAACCACAGCAGGAAAUCCCCACAAAACAGAUGGAGAAAGGGAGUGAGAACAUCUCGGAAUUACAGACUGACUCAGGAUGCAGCUUCUGAUCCACUCAGGCACGGGAGAGAGCACGUCACUGAUUGGGAUGUUUUGUUUUAUUUGUACGGGUGAGAUGGACUAAUUCCACUGGUUAGUGUGCAUCUGUGCUGAGUGCUGCAACCGCCUCUCCACAUCCAACCUCUAUUCAGAUAGGCUUCCACUCAAUAAGCCCCAUUUCAGGUCAGAUAUAAAUAGAUCUGACUAAGUCAAGGUUCUUCCUGAUGUGCAGCCUCAAUUUUUUUUCCUUGGAUUGUUUUUUUUCUACUCUCUUAGUCUUCAUGACUUCAGCCACUGAGGAGAGGGACAGAACCAAAAGGAAGACUUACGAAGUGGUACCAGCAACAAGAGCAGGACAUUUCCAAGCGGUGGAUGGGAGGAUCCCAGUAGAUUCAGAUAUUCCCCGUAAACAUACCAAUGUAUGUGUAACCCACUAGGCACAAAAGCACUCCCAGCCCCUCAAAACCACUUCAUCCAGUCCCACCAAUAUUCCUUUGUGAUUGAUCCCCAGGCAUUUAGCAUCCCUAGCAAUGGAGACCUGCCUUUAUAUCUAAUCAGAUGGAAUAUUUUUUGCUAUUUUAAGCAACAAGCCCUGAAACGGUUAUCAGCUAAUAGCUAAAGUCACCCCAGUGAGAUAGAGAAAUAUCCACUGUUUUUGUAGACCCUGUGAAAAAGUCAUUUUUAUACACUCUGUGCUGGCAGCAGGUAACUAACCAUCCCUCUCCUCAGAGCCCUGCUACAGGUUGUUGCUCCAAUUAAAAAGUAAACAAAACAAAGUCAUAUUAAUUUCAGCUGGAUUCUAAACACAACAUUUUUAUUUGCAAUGAGCUGUAAGGGUUUUACAAACAAUGGAGAAUACAAAGCUCAAAGAUAAGGUCCCUUUAAUUGCAUCACUUUGUUUGCUGGCAUCACUGCAGUGGAAGAGAGAACCCUGCAUUGUGGGUCUGGUAAGUGCUAUUAACUUGGAUAGACUAUUUUGGCUUCAUAUACAUUUGCAUCCACUUUCAGCAGCCAGUGAGCCAUUGCCCCAGCAGGAUCUGCAAAGGGGAGACCACGCCUCAGACAGACUCCUCUUCAGCAUCUAUCACAGCACUUUGCCAGAGUCUCCAGCAUAGUGAACCUGUCUUUCAUUCCAAUGGGCUUUCUUAGCUGCGGGAUCAAGAAGUAUUGGUUUCUACAGAAGCAGCUUCAGUGGCUUUUUUAUGUGAAAUCACAUGAGCUCAGAAGCUGUGGGGACUCUCUGUGCAGAUCAUCUGAACACAUUUCUGUUCUGAUUCUCUGCCAUUCCCCACCUGCUUUUCCUCUCCCUGCCACAGAGUAUCUUCACAAAAGCAUCAGAGGAAUCUUUGUGAAGAGGCUCAUUUGAGCAGCUUGUGAGUUUCCUUUUAGCAUCUCAUCCCACACACCUUUCAGAGGCAGAAGCUCCCUAUAUCUUUGGCGUCUCAGCACCAGAGGAAUUCUGCUUGCAGGCCAGGCUUCUAUGUAUAGAACUAAGGGUUUUGUUUUGACUUUAUUAUUAUUAUUUUUUUUGUAUCAGAUAUAUUUUUCCAGAUUCUAUUUUUCCCCCAUAAGAGGGUUUUGUGCAUUUACAAAGUUAGCACUACCGUUGUCUGUACCUUUCCCACAUUGAGUGGUAUGUCGUGGCUGCACUCAAUAUCUUGUCUGUUUGAUUACAAUUCUCUGCACAAGUAUGGGGCUGUGAGUUUACUUGAGGAAUGGGAAUGUAGGUGGUUUUGUUUUUAAAAUUACAUAUAGACAUCUGCAAGGCACAAAAUCAGUCCACCAAAAUAUUGUUCUUCCCCUUUGUGUCAGUGGAAUUAUAGUAUGAUGUGCAUAUCAGAGAGCUGGAGGAGAUUCCCCAAAACUCAGACCUCCCUGUGCCUGCUAAUCCCACUGCACCCCGUGGGAAUUCACCCCACAGUUGUCAGCUGCUAGAGUAGCUUUAAGUUGUGGUCAUGACUCAAGUAAGGAACUCUACUGAUGGAGGCUGCUAGGAGAGACACUGAAUCAGUUCAUCCUCUAGGUGCCUAGGCCAUGCCCUAUACUGUCACCCAUUUUUCAGCUGCAGCAGCCCCUUAGCUCUGGGGAGGUUGAUUCUAUGCCAGGCUCACUGUGGCAGAAGCUAGCAUAAACCCAGGCUGAAUUUAGCCCACUCUCUUGAUGCAGCCUUUAGACCCAGCCUUUUUUGUCCUUACUAUACACAUCACACCUGCUAGUCUUCAAUGGGGGAGGGAUAGCUCAGUGGUUUGAGCAUUGGCCUGCUAAACCCAGGCUUGUGAGUUCAAUCCUUGAAGGGGCCAUUUGGGAAUUGGUCCUGCUUUAAGCAGAGGGUUGGACUAGAUGAU